AUGUCUCUAUCCUCAGACGAAGAAGAAGAGCUCCUCUUCGACAACCAAUCCUUCGCCUCCGAGUCCAGCGACGACGACGAAGAGCUACCGGCCCCGCGACCCCUGCAUCACAACUUAAACUACUUUGCGCCCCCCUUCUACGGUCGCCCGCCAACCCCUCUACCUCCUUCGCCGUCACUGACGUCGCUCCUCCGCCCAUCGCGACCGACGACCCCCGAUGCCUCGGACGACGACUUUGAGCCCGUGCCGCGCGCGUCGCCGCAGGUGCCGACCUACGAAUACUACGGCUUCGUCCUGUACCUAUUCUCGACGCUGACCUUCCUCGUCUACCUGCUCUGGUCCUACCUGCCCUCGCCGUUCCUCCACGCGCUGGGCAUUUACUACUAUCCGAACCGCUGGUGGUCGCUCGCGAUCCCGGCUUUCCUCACGAUGCUGGGGGUCUAUAUUUACAUCGCGCUCGCGGCGUACAAUACGGAGAUUCUGACGCUGCCGCUGAGCUCCAUUGAGACGGUGGUGGAUGAUGCCUCUAAGAUUGGGGUCAUUGACAGCAAGGGGCGGCUGAGAGACGACCCGAAGAAGAGGUCUAGGAAUAAGAGAGAUCAUAGGCUGCCCGGGGGAGGAUACGACUGGAAGAAGAUAUGGAACGAGGGGACGGAUGCUGUUAUGGACAUACCGUUGGCCGGCGCGUGUGAAGUUCUCUACGGAGAAGGCCGAGAUUUCGAUCAAAACGAAAAUGAGAUACCCAUUGCGCGCGAGAUUCGUAGUCCAAUCAUAUUCCAAAAUGCCAAAACAUCCCUGCUCGCCUUGCACCUUCCUCCAACCACCGCGCCAAAUUCUGACCAGACGCGACCUUCAAUCGACCGAAGCAUCGCAACAACCCACCCCACCGCCCUCGAACCAUCUCAAUUACUUCGGUGGAUUCCGACCGACAUCUACGGAGGAGAUGAGGUCUCCGCCCUGGUCCUCGACCCAGGCUACUGCAGCACCCGCGCCGGAUUCGCUGGCGAAGAUGUCCCCAAGUCCGUCUUCCCGUCCUUCUACGGCCGCGUUGGCUCCUCCGAUACCCCGACGACCGUCUUCGGCGACGAGUGCCUGAUCCCCCGGGCUGACCUUGAGGUCCGCAACUACAUGACGCGCGACAGUGUUGUCGAGGACUGGGAUGUCGCCAACAAGCUUUGGGAGCACAUGCUCAUCACACGCCUCCAGCCCGGACGCCCGACUCACCCGUCCAAGAACGGCCUGAAUGAUGACCCCAAGGAGGAAGUCGAGGGAGGUGAGGCCAACGGCGACGCCGACGUGGCCAUGGAGGACGUGGAGUCGCAAGAGAAGGCCCUGCAAGAGAACCCGCUCCUGAUGACGGAGGCGCCGUGGAACUCUGCAAAGUCUAGAGAGAAGGCCAUUGAAAUUAUCAUGGAGAACUGGGGCUGUCCUGCGUUUUGGCUCAGCAGAACGCCCGUUCUGGCUGCUUUUGCCGCUGGCAAGGCGAGCGCCCUGGUCAUUGACGUCGGCGGUUCCAACACUUCGGUUACAGCUAUUCACGACGGCAUGGUCCUGAAGCGAUCCAUCCAGAAGUCUCCCGUUGGUGGCCUGUGGCUGUCGUCCCAGAUUCGCAGCCUGUGGGAGACCUCAGAGCCCAAGAUCGAGCCCGUUCCUACAUACAUGGUCGAGAGUAAGACCCCCGUCGAUGCAGGCGCUCCUGCUCAGUUCAAGGAACGCAAGUUCGACUUCUCCAUCACCGACUCAUUCCGCGCCUACGAGGACGACCGUCUCCUUACGGAAUUCAAGGAGUCAGUGGUCGAGACCUGGCGCGGACCCGGCAAGUACGCCGUGCCGCAAAACGAGGAGUUCGCUAAGACGCAACCCGGCCGCGUGUUUGAGUUCCCCAACGGCGCGAAUCAGAUGUGGCGCGAGCAGCGGUACAAGGUCUCCGAGGGCAUGUGGGACGAGACCGCGGCGUUCCCGACCACCAACGAGGAGUUCCGCCUGAACAAGUCGCAGACGAUCCCCGAGCUCAUCCGCGCCGCCCUGAACGCUGUCGACGUCGACCUGCGUCCCAACCUCCUCGGCAACAUUGUUGUCACUGGCAGCACCAGCUUGCUCAACGGCUUCAACGACCGUCUGAACAAUGAGCUUACGGCCAUGUACCCCGGCCUCAAGAUCAAGAUCCAUGCUGCCGGUCUCUCCAGCGAGCGUCGCUUCGGCGCCUGGAUCGGCGGCAGCAUCCUAGCUAGCUUGGGUACCUUCCACCAGAUGUGGAUCUCGCGCAAGGAGUACGAGGAGAACGGUGUCAGCAUCGUGGAGAAGCGUUGCAAAGGCAGACGGUGGGCGUCAAAAGACUACCUCGCAAUAAGACCGCCUUGGAAGGAUGCUAUCUGUACGCGUAUGCAAUCUGUUCCUUCAUCGGAGAUACAUAGAUUCAUUUCUACUCUGCAGCGAUUUGGAAAUAUGCGUAUUCGAAUGUCGGGAUGGAGUCGCUUACAGUUCUUCGCGUGUAAUGAUCGGAGCGGGUCGAUCCUCAGCCAGCCACUCGUAAUCAAGGUUGGAGUCGACAAUGGACAAAACGAGUCUGGGGAAAUGCGAUUCAGAAAAGCGAUUGAUGUGGAGAUGGAUGUCUUGAAAGGCCAGAAGGGUGGCAGCUUGUCAAAAGUUUCCUUGUUUGCCAUGGAUCUGGAUACUCUGAACAAGGACAAGUUACGAUGCCUUGAUUGGUAUCUCAGGCAUAGGAGAUUACUACAACUCGAAGAUGAAGUAGGCAUACCUCAAGAGACGGUUUUUGCUCUUUCCUCCCGUGCACCUCAGUACCUACUUGUGCAAACCUUUUCCUUUCCGCUUCCAACUUCUACAAAGUCGACUUACCGCGGUGACCAGCUUCUUACCAUCUCACACAACUUAUCUCCACAUCCACCAUCAUCAAAUGCCAUUACGAACACAGAAAGCACGCUUGGCCAUAUUGUCACCCACAAGCAGACUUUUUUGACUUCACUUUACCGAUAUAUCGAUAUUUGCUUUGGCACCCCUGCAGAAAUCGCACCUGAGUCACCCAAAUUUCUGCGGCUCUACGUGAACUUUCCCUCCUGCUUCCCCAGAGCCGACCGACGCGUCGCCCCAUCGACUUCACGAGCUCCGAACGAACGAACGCUGACCCCGACGCAUCGGAAGACACCACGCGAGGCAUGCAUCGACAACAUGGGCGCCGACACUCCCAAAUCCCCUCCUCGCAGUGAGGAAGCGCAGAAGGCGCAGGAUGCUCAGGACGAAGAGCAAAUCGAGCGGACUCUCGCGACACUCCAGAAUGGCGGAGAGCUGGGCAUCACUAUUGAUGAUACCCCUUUCGACCAGUCUGGAAAGGCCGACGAUGCCCAAGACUUCGAGGAUAUUAGCGACGACGAUCUUCCGGACGAGGAGGAAGGCGAAGGCAACGUUGCCACUUCCAUGUCCGUUCCAGGUCUGACAGAUGACGGAGGUACAAGCAACGACACCGACGACUUGUUUGGCGAUGGUCCGUCUUCUCCGAUCGAAGUCCCUGGUCCGCCGUCACCAGCCCCUCACGUUCACGAUCCCGACGACGCCGAUCCAUCACAAUACCGCGACAUUAACUUCGAUCCUGAACCUGGCUACGAAGCUGCCAACCAAGAUCCCGAGAUUCCUGCUCCAGCUGAGACUGCUGAAGAUUUGGUCAAGCAGGCCUGGCCGACCUGGGAGAAGGGUGUUAUUCUGAAAUGGAACGAACUCUUGCCUCCCAAGAAGGCCCGGUGGAUCGAGAAGAAGCCCACCAAGAAGCCAAAGACCCUUAUCUUCUCCAAGCUCACCCUGGAUCUUGCCGCCGACCAAGAGAAGCUUUUCCGCAUCCCCGGACCCGCGACUGUGACUCGUAAGCAGAGACGCAUCGACGACGAGUCUAGAGGACUCAUGUCUUGCGCUCCGCAAGAGUCUUCAGACGAAGCUGAAGCUGAAGAAUUUAAUCUCGAGCAAGAAUCCGAUUCGGAAGCAGUGGCGGGUUUUACGCUCCAAGACAUUGAGAUGGUGUGCGAUGACUGGUCCAUCCGUAUUGAGCAGGCUGAGCAAGACUUCCGCGAUCAACAAGCAAAAGAGGCUGCAGCUGAGGCAGCCGCCGCGGCUUCCGUCAAGCGUGCCCAUGAUGACGCUUUUGAUUUCGACUGGGAGGCUGAGUUCAUGGAAGAUGAAGAGCCAAAGCCGCCACCAAAGAAGAAGACGCGUCCGCCACCGCCAAAGGGCUUGCCAGAAAUUCCUCGAUUCACCGCACCAUCAUUCGACUCCUUUGAGGAUGUGACCAAGCGCGCCUCCAAACGUGUCAUUCUCGAUUUGAACGACCCAUAUCUUCUCCUAGAAGAAGCCGAAUCGCAGCGUGGCCCCAAGCGUCAACGUGUGGAGCAGAAGAUGACGCGCAUGGCGAACGGUCACCUGAGACCUGAUUUAUCUUCUCGUUUCAACAUGUCCAACGACGAUGCGUACGAGGCGCUCAAGGAGAACCAUCAACACAAGGUCAGAGCAACUCUGGGGAAUCUUGCCGUCGAGCACAGUAUGCCCGCGCUUAAACUGGCAUGGCCGUUCUACAAGGUCAAGCUGGACAUUCGACGAGAUGGAUUCCACCGGCCUCAUUUCAAGUUUGGCAAGCAUGAGCGUCAGACGAUCAGGUUCAGCAAAUUGGGCUUCCAUAAGCGCAAGACUAUGAAGGGAAAGGCUCAUGAGGUCUUCAAAACCACCAAGGACUUGGGCAUAACGGACAACUCGACGGCUGUACUCUUUGAGUACUGUGAGAGAACGCCACCCGUUCUUUCCAACUUUGGCAUGGGAAACCGUGUCAUUAACUACUACCGCAAAAAGAAGGUCGAUGACGAAGAGACGCCACCAAAGAUGGAGAUUGGUGAGUCUCACGUCCUCUUGCCCGAAGACAGAUCCCCUUUCGCCAUCUUUGGCGAGGUCGAAGUGGGACAAACCAUGCCUACUUUGCACAACCAAAUGUACCGGGCGCCCAUCUUCAAGCAUAAGCCGCGGUCUACAGACUUCCUCUGUGUUCGCAGCUCAACGGGCGUCGACGGAGCCAACUGGUACCUGCACAAGAUUGAUCAUCUUUACGUGGUUGGCCAGACUUUUCCUAGUGUUGAGGUCCCCGGCCCUCAUUCUCGAAAAGUCACGAAUGCUUCGAAGAACAGAAUCAAGAUGAUUUCGUACCGCAUGAUGAGGAGGAACGAGCACCAUUUGGUAAACCUAUCAGAGGUGACGAAACAUAUUGCCGAGUCUACGGACGCUCAAAACCGGCAAAAGCUCAAGGAGUUCCUAUCCUACGCCAAGGUUGAGAAAGGACUCUGGGGCCUUAGGAACGGCGAGACUCUCAUGGAUGAGAACUCAAUACGAGCGAUGAUCAAGCCUGAAGACGUCUGCCUGAUUGAUGGUAUGCAGUUGGGUAUGCAGAUGCUGGAAGACGCUGGUUUCGACCCUAACAACGUCAACCUGGAGGACGAAGGCGAAGAGGUUGCCGAGGAUGAGGACGACGAUCGCACGGGUGCAGGCACUGCCAAGGGUAGUAAGAAGGCUGCCGAGAAGAACGAAGAAAAACUAGCAGACAAGAUGGCGCCGUGGAAAACCAGCAAGGCUUUCAUCGACGCAUGUGCUGGCAAGGCUAUGCUCAAGCUUCACGGACAAGGAGACCCGACUGGCCAUGGCCUUGGAUUCAGUUUCAUCAGAACUUCCAUGAAGGGCGGCUACAUCGAGACUGUCCAGAAAGGUGGAUCCCAUACCACUGCAGCUGACGCCAUGGCAGCACACCCUGACGCACAACGGAAGGCGAACAACGGCCACGCUUACAACGUCAAGGAGCAAGAAGCCAUGUACAGAAAAGGCAUUCGUGAAAUUUGGGACAAGCAAAAAGACAGUCUGGAGGAUAGCACACAAAAGGACGAUGACCUCGUGGUGCCUCUGCCACCAGACGAAGAUGACCGGUUCAACCCCCAGCGAGCCCAGACUCCUGCCCAUGCCGACGAAGGGAUGAGUCAAAUUACCGGCCUGACGACAUCGACUAGCCGGAAUCAGCGAAAGAAACUCAAGAUUACCCGAGAAGUUCUCAAUGAUCAAGGUGCUGUCGAGCAAAAGGUCAUCAUUCUCGAAGACCCUGUGAUUAUAGACCGUUAUAUCAAGAGAAAGAAGGAGUUGGAGUUGGAGGAUUUCAAGUACGAACUCCCACCGCGUUACCCCCCUCCCGAUCCUAUUUCAGGUCUAUUAUUCAACCUUCAUGCGCUCCCCGCUCACGUAAUCUCGUGUUUAGUAUCUACGAAGGACGACCGACUGGUGUCGCUGAUGACGACCGCCGUCGUCUGGUUGAGUAGGCAUUAUCCUUCCGUAGAUGCUGAACACUUGAUUGACCACCUAGCAGGAUUGAUAAGGAGCUUGAACGGCUCAACCGAAACAAGCAGCGACGCAUCGGACGAGAGCAACAAAAAGGACUCCACCGUUCCAAGAGUGGACUCGACGCAGGGUCCCCCGAAGCAGACCGCGCUGCCACCGGUACAACCCGAAAGUGUGCCAAUUGUGGACAAGUCGGACACAUCAAGACAAACAAGAAGUAUUGCUCCCUUUGCUUUUCCUCUACCUCCCCGUCCCAGUUCAGAUCUCCGGAGCAUGUUCAGACGUGGGGGAAACAAUCGCUGGGUUCUCAAGCGGGAGCUCCUGUUGAGGGCACGCCAGCGAACAUCAGCCCCGCCAAAGCAAAAAAGCGGCGGGAUUCAAAAGCACAGGAUACGCGACCGCUCAAAAGAAAAGGCCAAUAGGCGGGCAUCGUCCAAGGGACAGCCAAAACAGCCCCAAAAGCCAAGGGCAAAGAAGUUCAAGUACAACAAGUACACAUCCAAGCCCUACUGGCACAACAGCAGUAUGAGCACUAGGGUCAUAUAA